CACUGCACUCUAACUCGGAAGUGUACUAAGGCAAACGCGUGUUUAUAGAAGAGAAUGGGGUUGGGAACAUAAUGAUAAUGGACAGAACAUCCAGUUGCACAGAAUUCCAGAAACUAAAUAAAUUAGUUCAACAGAGCUUAUCCUUUAAAAUACUGUGAUUUAUUCCUCAGGCACGUUUGUUAACAUUAGGGAUGUCGGACACUAUGCUAAACUUGGACUUUAAUGGUCCCAGCUACAGUGGGGGCCAAAAGAAAGAACGUAACAAUGCCAGACAUAGACAAUUUCUUAGGAAACGGCGUUAUCUGGAGCAGAAGGGUUUCUUGAAUGAAAAGCAAAACACGAGUAACAUGCUACAUGGAAAAAACAAAAAGAAGCACUCACAUAAGAAAAGUGUGGACCGUUCACAAGCUGGUGCUGUUUUCCCAAUAUUCACUACCUCCAAGCCUGACUUUUGCACAUACCCUUCCAGUUCUUUGCAAACCCACCAUGGAACUUCCAGGUCCAUCAGGGAAUCCACAGUGCCUUCGAAGUCAACGUCUUCCGAAGAUUCUUUCUCAGCACAUCAUUCAGUUCUGCCAUCACUUGACAAGCCACUUAAAUAUGUAGCCAUCGAUUGUGAAAUGGUAGGAACGGGACCCAAAGGGCAUUGUAGUGAGCUGGCCCGCUGCAGCAUCGUCUCCUAUGAUGGGGAUGUAAUCUAUGACAAGUUCAUCAAGCCUGUAAACCCUGUAACAGAUCUGCGCACUCGCUGGAGUGGAGUAAGAUGGCAAGACCUCUGUAAUGCAACACCCUUCAAACAAGCCCAAAAAGAGAUUUUAAAGAUUCUCACAGGGAAGGUGGUCGUGGGCCAUGCUGUCCAAAACGACUUUAAGGUUUUGCACUAUUCCCAUCCCACCUGCCUUAUACGAGAUACCUCACAUAUACCCAUCCUGAAUAAGAAAGCUGGACUGCCUGAGAACAAACCCGCCUCUCUGAAGACUCUUACAAAGAUUCUCUUCAACAAGGAUAUACAGGUGGGAAGGAAGGGCCAUUCUUCAGUAGAAGAUGCAAAAGCCACCAUGGAACUGUAUAAGAUAGUACAGGUGGAAUGGGAGAAGAUGUUGGGUUCCAGUCCUGCAUCUAUAUUUAAAAAGAAAACUGGAUGAUGCCAAGUGUUCUAUUGUGUUUUUAUGAUCAGAUCUCAACUGUUUUAAAUGCCUUUUAAAAAGUUUUGUAUUAAUGGCAGCAAAGGUUCUCUCUAGUACUCUGUUCACACCCAAUUUAAGACUUUUUAUACAAUUUUACAUUGAAUUUCAGUUUAGAGUUCGAUUGUUGCGUGUAUGGGAUAGUUGCUGGAUAAUCCAUUGUCAUAAAAAACUGUAAAUUACAGUCAUUGUUCCACAA